AUGGUUGACAAUGCUAUGAAUACGGCCUCGGACUUUGAUAAGAGGUUGUAUGAUAGAUUUAAGCCUGAAGCAGCUCGUGGUGGAGAACGAGAGAGGAUUCAAAAUCUUAAUCCUCUCCCACCGAUUCCAAAACCAGAGGCGGCAAAUGUGGGUCUUCUUCAAAAGAUACUUCGAGAAGUUCGCUCUAAUGUGGGUUCUAUAGGUCAGAUGAUAGGUGGAGGAGACACUUCCAACGCCACUCGCGAGUUUCCGGUGAGCCAUGACACACGGUUUUUCGGCUUGAGAUCUUCAGCCGUGGACAAGACUACCGAGGUCAUAUCAGGACGCGUUGAAGACAUAGAGAAACUACAAGAGACUACCCCAUCAGCUCUAUCAAGACCAAUAUUCUCAUUCGCAGAUACAUCAGGCUCUUCCGCACGCUGGACAGCAAGAAAGACGGACAGUUUUAUAAACAAAAAGAUGAAGAUGUGCAUUUAA